UCGCCGAAACGUAUAAAAGCUCGGCAGUGGCGGCGAAGUGUGGCUUUCUCAGCCCCCGACGGUCGAAGUGUAUAUCGUUCCUCGGAAACUCUGCCAUCAUAAUUUUAUUUAGAUGGCGACUCCAAACCCAGUGGGUAGUGUAUAUAGAUCUGUAGUAGAUGAUGUAAUAUCCAAUGUACGGGAGGCAUUCCUUGAUGAAGGAGUAGAUGAACAAGUUCUGCAGGAGCUCAAACAGCUUUGGGAAAGCAAGCUCACGCAGACUCGUGCUCUGGAUGCGGCACCGGAGCCACAGGAGCCGGUCUCUUUACCAGCCACCAUCCAGUAUGCCCAGUUCACACCCCAACAAGCAGCUAUUGCUCAGCCUGCAGUGAGACCAGCUGGGAUGGCUCAGACAGUGCCUGUACCUGUGCAAAUAGCUGCUGGCAGUCAAGGACAGGAGAUUAGUGCAUCAGCUGCUGCAGCGGCCAUGGCCUUGCCUACAGGUCUGUUCCACCAACAGUUGCAGUCAUUGGCUGCUCAGGGUCUCACUCUCCAUCCCACAGGUAAUGGCCAGUUUAUAAUCCAGGCCAUCAACCAAGGACAAGCUGGUCAGAUGACAACCCUUGCAGCAGCCCAACAGGUGGGGGGUCAACCUAUCACAACUAUUCCCACUGUAGUACAGACAUCUCAACAGCAGAAUCCUCAAAACAUACUACAACUUGAUGGUGCCAAUGAUACAAGCUCCUCGGAAGAAGAUGAUUUUGAGAACGAUGAAGACGAAGAAGAAAAUGAAGAUGAAAAUAAAGAUGAAGAGAAUGAUGAACCUGGAGAGGAAGAGGAGCCACUAAAUUCAGAAGAUGAUGUCAGUGACGAGGAUCCUAUAGAACUUUUUGAUACAGAAAACGUUGUGGUGUGUCAGUAUGACAAGAUCAACAGAAACAAAAACAAAUGGAAAUUUCACCUCAAAGAUGGUAUUAUGAAUCUCAAUGGUAAAGACUAUGUGUUCCAAAAAGCCACAGGUGAUGCUGAAUGGUGAUUUAAAAUGUUGUUGGUGGACUGAAGCAGUGCCAGACUUGUAUAGUGGUAGCCCGCCCCAAGGAAUAUCUACCACCCCAGGGAAUAUCUACCACCCAAGGGCAUAUCUACCACCCCAGAGCUGUGCUCUUAUGUGGUAACUGUCAGCGACUUUAAUCUUAGGAUAUUCAGUCGCCAAGACAAAAGCUGUUUGUGAGGUGCUAUAUGGGGACAGAGGACUUCUGUCACAGUGCAUAAACACUGUUCAGAGUGUAUGACAAAGGCCUUUCAAUCAGAUUUAGCUUAACACCCCAAAGUACUGGUGUCAGUUUUGUAGAAGAUACAUACAUUAUUUAUGGUUGUGUUAAACACAACUCAACUCCUGUGUUUUUUCAAUAUAAGGAUGUUGGACAACUUGGAAGUUGUGUUUUGGCAAUUAUCUGUAAACAUCACAGAUUAUGAAGGUUUUUUCCCCACAUCUUUUUGGAAGAAAUCACUGACUUGGUCUUUUUAUAAUAUGUAGUCCUAGUUAGUGUUUUGUGAUAUUUAUUGAUUUUUUUAAAAAUAGAUACAUGUAUCAACCAAACUUCAUGUACAUUUCCAAAGUUACCACUUACUCAUUUUUUGACAGACAUUCACAUAUUCCUACUAUAUUAAAAGCAAACGUGUUGUAGUGGCCGUGCUAACAAUGAAAGAUAAUUAAUGUGUAAAAGUGUACAAAAUAUGAAUAUUUUGGUAGCCAUUUUUGAUUCCUCAAGGUAGAUUUUUUCGUUGGUAAUCUAUAGGAAAGUUUGAAUACAGAAACUUGCUUCAAAACAAGUCUAGAUUUUUACUGGACUCUAAGAAACGUAAGAAUACAUACACAAUAUAAUUAUUACGUGAUCAAAAAUAUGCUAGUAUUUUUACUGCAGAAUGGAUAUAUUAGGUUUUAUCAAUACAGUAUGCACUUGUAAUUGCAUGCUCUAUGGUUGUUGGUGUAACUGUUGGUAAUGUAAUUGUCAAGGCCAAGCAUCGUAAACAAAAAUAUUAAUGUAAGCUUUUUGAAACAGGUGUGGAACAGUGAUAUGUGUUUUUUGUUAUUUUACUGUGUUGCUUUAUAUAUACCAAUAUGUUGUUGUGUGUGUAGGCUUUAUGGUGCAUUAAUUCUUUCAUUAUAAUACUGUCGACGCCAUUUCAUAUCAAUGAUCAUAAUUCUGAAUUCCUGAAGUGCAUGAUAAAAUGUACAAAAACGUUUAGUUUAAAUUUUUUAUCAUUCGAUAUAGACGUGAAACAUUGAUUAGUGCUACCUAUUUCACCAGAUAGUUUUUCUUUAAUGCAUGAAAUCUUCACUAGAAACGCUACUUCACUUGGUCUGAUAAAACACUGCACAUUUCUCUUAGCUAGAGCUAAGUCCAACUUUAUCAGUAGAGAAAAACUCUAGACUUGUUAAUGCGUCAAAUACCUUUUCUGUUAUCAGUACAUUGUAUAUUGAAAUGAUAAGUGUAGAAAUGGAAAUGUUCAUCCUUUAACAGGGUCUUGUGUAAUGAAACACGGGUAUAAUAACAAAUACUUUCUCUGCAGCUUUAAACCUGCUAAUUAUUAUUACUAAGUUACUUUUAGAUCUUUCAUGAAAGAAAGGAAACAAAUUAAAGCAGUUGUCAGUACCUUUUUAUUUGUGUUGAUGCAAUGGCUGUACAUCAGCCUCUGUUUAAUUUAUACUUUUAACAUGUCAUCUGUUAUCUGUAUCUCAAUAGCAUUAUUUUGUAAAUUAGUGAUUGAAUGUUUUUGUUAUUAAGUUAGCCAUUUAUUUAAUCUGCCUUCUCCCACAGGUGUGAACUAUUCUAGUCGCUGGUUUCGUUCUGCUCCACAAUUCUAACCAUAAAAACAUAAUUCAUUCUCAUUUUUGUACAAUGAAAUCCACAAUGCUUGCAUUCCUACACUAUGCACUAUGUUGCAAAUUCUUCAUCUGAACAUUGUUCUUAAAUUCAGUGUAAAUCAACAUUGACUGAAUUGGCACAAAUCUCAUGAGAAUGUGUUACAGAGACAUAUAUAUAUAUAUACAUUAAUGUGUUUGAUUGAAAUAUGCACAUUUCACUUGCAUAUCAAAAUGUUUUAUUGAAAAAAACUUUAAAUAGCAUUCUACCAAUCCAGUAUGUAUUUGUAUUGUUAAUAUGUGAGAUAAGAAGACAAAGGUGUACCACAUACUGAGUAUAUGUAUAUGGUACCACCUAUCAAGGCUUUUAUUCUUGGUGUUGAGAUCGUAUUAAAAAAAAAAACAAACAUUGAUCCCCAUAAAACUGCAAAGUCAGUUCUUUUCGCUGUGUCAGUGAUAUAAAUUAUAAUUUUGGUCAGUAUCAGUAAUACUGACCAAAAUUAUAAAAGUCACUUAAUUACUAAUAUUAUCACAAUGUAAAGGUACCAUAUUCCACACACUAUAUAUAGAGUAGCAAAGAAUCUGUAAAUUAUCAGAAUAUUUAUGGUGAAUAGUGAAUGUAUAGACCUUUCUUUACUUUACACACUUUCGAUAUGACACUAAUUGUCCUUUGACGUUUCAAAUUUGGACGAUAAUGGAAGAGUUUGUGUUGAUCCUUUGGUGUAGAAUCUGACAAAAAAAAGAUCAAGCCAAAUUAUGACCUUGUUAGGGCUUAGUUUGAAAACUGCCUGUGACCACCUAAUUAAGUUAUGAAGAACUAAUAUUUAAUGGAAUUUGUUUUUCUAAUUAGUAAACAACAGUUAAAAUAAAUGUUGGAUGCUUUUGCCCAUCAGUAAUACUGGUAUGGUCAGAUUAAUUCUGAAUGCUGUUGGAACUGUUUUUUGUUUUAAGAAAAUAAUGUAGUUAACUGUUCGAUAUAUCUAGUCGAGUAAGUUGCAGUCAGGUGAAGGGAAUAUGUGAUGGAUAGUACUUCAUUGUCCAUAUAGAUCUACCAGAGUUAGGAAGAGAGUAGAUCUUUGUGUGCUAAUUUAAAAGAACAUGAGUGAGAAGUUGAUGUUAAUGUUGAAAUUUAUAUUUUAUCAUAACAAUGAAUACCUAAAGGAUGAUUUCACAUGGUGGUCUAAUAUAUGUUGUUUAAGACAGGUUUAUGUGAGCCCUGUCUCGUUGUUUUGAGAAGAGUUAAAUAAUCUCUUCUACUGAAGUGUAUUUAAAACCUCUUUCACAUUAUUUGAUAGAUGUUGAGAGCCCUAUAAUAUUGUAUGACAAAUGUUGUUAGCCCUAUAAUAUUGUAUGAAAAAUGUCGAUGAGCCCUCUAAUAUAAUGGGACAGCUCUUGACGAGCCCUAUAACAUUGUGUGACAGAUGUUAACAAGCCCUAAAACAUUGUGUGACAGUUGAUGAUGAGCCCUAAAACAUUGUGCGACAGAUAAUGAUAGCCCUAUAACAUUUGCUGGCAGGUGUUGACGAGCCCUAUAACAUUUGGUGACAGGUGUUGACAAGCCCUUUAGCAUUUGGUGACAGGUGUUGACGAGCCCUAUAACAUAUGGUGACAGGUGUUGACGAGCCCUAAAACAUUGUGUGACAGAUGUUGAUAGCCCUAUAACAUUUGGUGACAGUUGUUGACGAGCCCUAUAACAUUUGGUGACAGGUGUUGACGAGCCCUAUAACAUUUGGUGACGGGUGUUGAAGAGCCCUAAUACAUUGUAUGACAGAUGUUGAUGAGCCCUAUAACAUUUGGUGACAGGUGUUGAUGAGCCCUAUAACAUUUGGUGACAGGUGUUGAAGAGCCCUUUAGCAUUUGGUGAAAGGUGUUGACGAGCCCUAUAACAUUUAGUGACAGGUGUUGACGAGCCCUAUAACAUUUGGUGACAGGUGUUGACGAGCCCUAUAACAUUUGGUGACAGGUGUUGAAGAGCCCUUUAGCAUGUGGUGAAAGGUGUUGACGAGCCCUAUAGCAUUUCGUGACAGGUGUUGACGAGCCCUAUAACAUUUGGUGACAGGUGUUGACGAGCCCUAUAACAUUUGGUGACAGGUGUUGACGAGCCCUAUAACAUUUGGUGACAGGUGUUGAAGAGCCCUUUAGCAUUUGGUGACAGGUGUUGAAGAGCCCUUUAGCAUUGGUGAAAGGUGUUGACGAGCCUAUAACAUUUAGUGACAGGUGUUGACGAGCCCUAUAACAUUUCGUGACAGGUGUAGACGAGCCCUGGUAUUGGUUAAUGGAUGUAAAUAAGCCAUGGUGCAGUCAGAAUGAUUGGACACUUGUGUGGUGAAUGUAAGGUUAAAGAGAGGUUAUGUAUGGUAGAGGUGAAGUGAUGGUGAACAUUUAUAUUAUUUUGAAGUCAUUUUCCUUUUUAUGUGAUCAAGAUCAUGAUUGAUAUAUAUAAACCUUUUCAUGGGAAAAUAAAAUGUGCAAGAGUUGG